GGCGCCCGGAGGAGCAGGAGGAGGAGGAGGAGGAGGAGGAGAAGUCGGAGCCGUCUCCAGGAGCCCUUAGAGACCGAGUCCCGGCGGCGACGGCGGGGCAGCGCACCAGCAGGCGGAUUCAUUCCACUUAAAACCUGAAAACAUUGGACCACACAAAGUCUUACUGAUUUCAGGUAAAAACAAUAAUUGAAGAUGUCCAGCAAAACAGCAAGUACCAACAACAUAGCCCAGGCAAGGAGAACUGUGCAGCAGUUAAGAUUAGAAGCCUCCAUUGAAAGAAUAAAGGUUUCGAAGGCAUCAGCGGACCUCAUGUCCUACUGUGAGGAACAUGCCAGGAGUGACCCUUUGCUGAUAGGAAUACCAACUUCAGAAAACCCUUUCAAGGAUAAAAAAACUUGCAUCAUCUUAUAGUGGAAUAGAGAAACAGCUCCUCGCCUCUUCUCAACAAAGCAAAUUAUGAGCAGCUCCUUGAAGAGAUUUACCUUCAGCUUAUUUGGUAACCACUGCUAAUAACUAAAAUGUUCUCACCUUGGAAUAACGGACUCUGAAGUCUCUAUUUUCCAAGUUGUCCUUUCUCUUAAAAUACCCUUUACUGAUUUAAUACAGAAUAACAAUCUUAUUUUCCACUUGGUAACUAUGGCUUUAUGUUGGGUUACUGUUUAAGGAAAGUUGAUCUGGGCCUUUUUAAAAACAUAAUUAUAUACUUUAGAAAUACAGUGGAUUCCGAUAUGUCAGGACCUAAAUUGCCUAAGAACCUAUCAAAUUAAAAUGCCAAAAUUAAUUGAAAUCCUAAAGCCUUUAUAUCAUAUUCUUUAUAAGGCGUGUGCCAGCCUGUAUAGUAUAUAAGGGAGAGGGAUGUUUUGUGUAUAUAUAUGCCUUUGUGUAUACACUUAUCAAAGCUAUUUUCUUAUGAAAACAUCCCUCUUUCUAUACCAUCAGUUUCUCAGUUCCAGAAGUUAUACCUUUACUUUGAGCUGUGUAUAGGUAGAAUAAAAAAAUUCCUUUCAUAUCGUUAUUGUACAAAAAGUAAAGAGUAUCCUAAAGAUUGUAUUCAUUGUAAUCAAGUAAUGCAGUCAUCUCUCCUCUCUUGAAAUCUUGCUGGACCUCUUAGGCUACAAUAAACUGCACCAAGCUAAACUGACAGUCCUUCAAUAAUAUGAGACAUUAAUUUACAAGGACCCUUUUGGGCUUCAAUGAUGCUGAGUCGAAAAGGGGAGGAGACCCUUGGGAGGACCCCAUGCAGCUGUGCUCCCAGGGCUCAUGUUCUCUACUGGAUUAGGGAUAGGCACCUCUGAAAUCUCCACCCUGAUGAUUGGAAUGAAACGGAGUGAACAUGAGCCCAGCUGAGAGAGGAGCAGGAAUGUGUGAAAACCAGCUGCUCUCCUUGUCCCAGCUUUGUGAUUGAGCCCUCUGUCUUGCUCUCUCUGCCUUCCCUGUAUCUUUCCUAUCUUACCAGAGCAUCUGUUUGCAGAGGUAAUACUACCUUCCCCAGCCGCAGGUGUGUGGAACAUGGUGAG